AUGCUCACCUGCUAUGUGAGGACGCUCUUCUCUGCCCACCACGCUCACCUCAUAGCUGCUGCUGAAAAUCGUCGUGCCAAUUCGUUCAUCUGAAACGCAACUCCCACAAGCGCUCUCUCCAUUUCAAAAUGAGCGGCUCACGCAAUGUGCUGCUGGCGGUGGUGAGUGUCGGAUUCCAAGAGCCGGUGCUUGAGCCCAAAAGCGCCGCUGAUGCUCGUAGAAGCGUUGACUGAAUGCGCUGCUUGACCAUUCGUACCCUUAGCUGCGCAACGACCUGCGUCUGCACGAUCACCCCAUCUUCUCGCUCUGCUCAGACCCUUCCCCAGCCAAAGCGCCUUUCAAGAAGGACAUUACACAUGUGCUGCCAAUUUACAUCUUUGAUCAGGGAAGGAUCGAAGUGGGAGGGCUACCUGGCUUGAAGAAAGCGGGCAAGGGCGAAGAGGCUAGGACCAGAACGGGCCAAUUCUGGAGGUGUGGCGAGCAUCGAACAAGGUGAGCGGCGCAUGCAUGCUCCUUUGCUUGCUUUUUCGUGCGCCGUCUGACUCUCACUCCACUCUGCGCUCUUGGUUAAAGGUACCUAACAAACUCCGUCUUCGAUGUGCGUGACUCGCUUCGGUCGAGAAACUCGGACCUGUCGAUCUGGGCUGGUCUGCCCGAAGUGGUUGUACCGCGUGUAGUGGAGGCACUGCAGAAGCGUGGCGACUCGGUAGAAGGAGUGUGGAUGUCUAAAGAGGUGAGGCUGUGCUGCACAAGAUUCCUCGUCUCGAUUCACGUCACCGCUCAGCCGCGAUCUCCAUCUCUUUCGAUCAAGAUCAAUACUGAAGAGGUGACGACGGAGAAACGAUUGGGCCAAGCAUUGUCAAAGCUGGGUGUUCGACUGGUGCAGCCAUGGGACAGGACAUUGGUCAACGUGGAAGAUUUAGGCUUUCCCGUUUCGGAAUUGCCGGAUGUCUUCACCUCUUUUCGCAAGCGAGUGGAAGCGCCCGACAUGUUCAGAGAGCCUUUGCCCGCUCCUGCAAAGCUCAAGCCCUACGCUGACGUGGACUUGGAGGAUGCAACAGGGUCGUACAGCUUGACAGCCAAAGAUGAUCUCAAAGAUCCCGAGCAUGUCAUCAACACACUUCUCAAACCGUUGCGAGACAACCCCGGACCUUUGAAAGCACCCACGUCGAAAGACCGACCUCAAGCUCCUGCAUUUGCCCAAAAUGGCGGAGAGACGGAAGCUUUGAAACGCGCUGCGUACUAUCUAGGCAGAGGCAAACCAGGCGAGCACUACAAGCAGACCCGAAAUGGAAUGUUGGGCCCUGAUUACUCUACCAAGGUGAGUGUGGAGACGGACUCUAACAUUGCCCUGCCUGCGCCUGCCCGAUGUACCUGACGACGACGUCUCCGCACACUGCAGUUCUCUGCUGCUCUAGCGCACGGAACGAUUUCACCUCGACUCUUGGCUGACGAAGCGAUCAAGAUGGACAAGGAAACAGGCGCGAGCAGGGGUGGGGGUGGUUAUUGGAUCGUCUUUGAGCUCUUGUGAGUACUUUGAUCAUGUCUUAAUCUCAAUGUCUCGAGCUGCUGAUCCCUGACUCCGGCAUUGUCCCCUCAGGUGGCGAGACUACUUUCACUUCGUAGGAGCCAAAUAUGGCAGCAAGCUCUUCACCCUCCUCGGCAUCGAGGAGGUGUUGAAUCCCAAAAAUGCUGGCCAAACUGCUCAGCAAUGGCUGUACCCUGACAGCAUGGACAAUGCGAAGGAUGGCUUCGUGCGUUGGACGCAGGGAAAGACUGGCGUUCCGCUUGUCGACGCAAAUAUGCUCGAGCUAGCUCAGACUGGGUGGGUCUCGGUACGGGCUCAGGUGUUAGGUCUGAUCUGAUGACUGAGGCGGCGCGCACUUUGUUUUUUGUGCCAGGUUCAUGUCCAAUCGUGGAAGGCAGAACGUCGCCAGCUUCUUGACGAAGGACCUCUACUAUGAUUGGAGACUAGGCGCCGAGUGGUUCGAGUCUGUGUUGGCCGACUACGAUCCCAACUCCAACUGGGGCAACUGGCAAUAUGUUGCUGGUGUUGGUAACGAUCCUCGAGCUGGUCGGUGAGUCAUUGCACACAGGUCAGCAGGGUAGUUGUCAGUCCCAGGGCUGACAGCAAUGGCUUCUACAACGUAGGAAAUUCAAUGUAAUUAAACAAUCAAAGGAUUACGACGCGAAUGGAGACUACGUCAAGACCUGGCUUCCGGUACUCGCUUCUUUACCUCCUGAACGCGUGCACCACCCUUGGACUGGGGGCGAGCCACCUGGAGAUUAUCCCCACCCAGUUGUGCAGGAUGGAAGCUGGAAACCCCACCUGCAGGGGUCUGGUGGCGGAGCACGGGGUGCGAGAGGCGGUAGAGGCCGCGGGCGUGGAAGGGGAGGGUUCAGAGGUAGAGGCGGCGGCGAUGGAGGCGGCCGAGGCAGGGGACAUUGA